CUGCAGCGAAGGGCCUCCUACCAGCCUGUGUUUACUGCAACAAACAGAUUCCCUUUAAAUUAACAUCCUGAAGGACUUUGACAAAUCGAAAGCACGUGUUAGCAAACACACAGCCUUCUUGAAUUAAAGUUCAUCCCCGAGCUGCCCCCCAUCCAACCUCCAAGAAAGAGAGCGCGCUUAUUUGAUUAACCCCAGAGUAAUUACAGUGUGCGUCCUCUUCAUGGUUUUCCAGUUAGUCGGUCAUAUCAUUUGCAAAUUAGGAUGGUAUUAAUGUGGCUGCUAUACCCAAAUUUUGUGGGGAUGCUGCUGGGAUAUUUUUGUCUAUUUGGUGUAGCAUCAGUGCGUAGAAAUAUGUCUAGACCAGAAUAAACCCAAAGGCAAGACAUAAAAAAUGCCUCUUUUCUAUUAACACCUCGUUACAUUUUGUACUGACAAAGAGCUUUCAUGUGUUUCUGACAGCGUUUGUUAUCAGUUGUGCUUUAACAGAUAAAACAAUCCCAUUCAGAGGCCAUCGGGUUUACACGGCCUGCUGCGCCAUAAUGCUGGGCGCGAGCCCUCCAAUGAUUGCUGAACAUUGAGUGUUUUUUGUCAAUAUUAGCUCGACUACUUGUGGGGAAGUUUCUAAUUGGACACGUGUUUCUGUCGCUUUUUGUCGUCUGGGAUCAACUCAUUUCUUUGUAAUGCGUUUUUAAAGCAUUGAGCCUUCCAUAAGGAGAGUUAAAGUGUUCUUAAGAGCUCCCUUUCAGCCUUUAGAAAAGGCCGGGGCGACCCGCCGAGAAACAUGGAGGCCCUGGAAGUAUUUAAUCCAGGAGAUGUGCCUGUGAGGCUGUCACACAGCAGAGAGAUUCAGAGAUUCAGGCACAUGUAGGUGAGCAGUUACAGGUUAUUAACGGAAACCAGCCUUCCGUUAUGCCCAAAGAACCCUUGGUUCAUCUCAUCUUAAAUUUAAAUCUUCCUGCCUGAAACCAAAGUAAAACUUUGUUUUCAUUGCACCUGUAAAUAUAUAUUUUAAAAAGAAAAAAAGGCAACAAAAUCAUUUUGCAUUUUAAACUAUGGAGGAAAUGCUGUUUGACUUCGACCAGGAUGGCACCACUGAUUUUGCAUUUUGGGGACAGAUGGACCAAAACAUCCAGUUUCAAACCCAGAUGGACACCUUCCUCCUGGACUACAACGCGGCAUCGGGCCAGCUCUCGCCCUGGUCCUCUUUCGGGAGCCAGUCCAUGUUCUCGGACGCACAGCUGACCUUCACAGACCUGGACGAGGGCUCCCCGGGGUCGGGCAUCUGCGCUGACGGCGAGGGAUCCUCUGUGGAUGAACCCCUGGAGAUGGCCAAGCGCAGGGCGCGGCGGCUGGCGACCCAUCAGCCCUACAAGGUGCAGCGACACGCCGCCAACAUCCGGGAGAGGAAGAGGAUGCUGAGCAUCAAUUCUGCCUUCGAGGAGCUGCGCUGCCACGUGCCAACGUUUCCCUACGAGAAGCGGCUUUCCAAGAUAGACACACUGAGGCUGGCCAUAGCGUACAUCGCCCUGCUGAGAGAGAUCCUCGUGUCAGGCUGCGACCCCAAAUCCUACGUGGAUGAGUGCAUGAAGAGCGGUUACAAGAACCGGACCAACGCCAUCUGGAACACAAGUGAUCUGACAGCUCGUCUCUCUUGGAUAAAGUGGGAUUAAGUGAGGAUCAUGGGGCACCUCAAUUGUGGAGAAUGGCUUGGCGAGGCAGCUCAGGCUUUUUCCUCCCUCUUCGCUCUCUCUCUCUAGAUGUCAAAGACAGGCGGCAAAGCGGGCAUGUCAGAGCCGAGCGAUCGACAUCUGCAGACUUCUCACCGGGUCACACACCUCAGGCUUUCUCAAUCCCUCCACUCCUGCAUCCUCCGUGGCUUUUAAUAUUGUAAUUUAUUGUUGACUGGUAAUGGAGAGCCAUUGUUUUUAGGGCCAAGGAGGGAGAGAGGUUGGCAUUGUUUGCCCACAUGGAUGGCACUUGUCACAGAGAGAGAGGGGCACACUGGCACAGGGCUGAAUGGACUUCCUAAGGGCUCAUACUUCUGCAUGCAGCACUGAAGUGUUUUCUGGACUGGCGCUCAUUAGCCUGCGAGUCGAUGUGUUAAAAAGAGCCUUAAUCAUGUAAAUGAGACAGUGGGUGCACUAAUAAAUGCAGGGUCUUUAAACAUGUCAGCUGCUGCUGCUGCCAAACAUGGGACUACAGCUUUAAGUGUAGGCUGCUGUUAGUUUCAUGUGCAGUAUAAUUUAUCUAUUUAUUCAUUUAUUUAUUUUAAUUAUUUCUUAUUUAUGAGAACAUGAUUUCUUGGACGAUGUAUUUGUACAAACUGAUUAUUUAAUUUUUGAAAAUUCUACCGUUACUGUUGUGUUUUAUUUUUGAUGGAUUGCACAUAAAAGCUGCUGACUCAUCACCACAGAGAAGCUCGCACAGUAGAUAUCUAAUUUACUUUCAUGAAUUUGUUUACAAUGUUCUCUACUCAUGAUCAUAAAAAGACACAUUUCCUUCAUCCUCCA